AUGGAAAUAAUUCAUGCAAUUGGUCUAGCCAGUGCUACUGAAGAUGGCGACUUACUAAAAGAAAGAUUUUCGAUCAUGAAUGAUGCGCCAAAGGAGAUCUUAGAGCUACAGUCUUUAAAUAAAAACGCAAUUAAUUGCUAUGAUACAUGGAAAGAUGUCAUUGUGAACUAUUUCAGUUUGAUGAAGGCUCUUAAUCGUGGAGUUCCUCUGCUGACGUUUCAAUGUCAAAACGAACUAUUAGAUUCCUUAAGUAAAUGUGCUAAGGGCUCAUCCAACUGGAUAUUACCAACAUUAAUCACUGUUGCUUUUGAGUUACAAUAUAUGGCUUUACACGUAGAUGAUGACUAUGAAAAUAACCAACGAAACAAUAAAUACAGCUAUCAUAACAGCAACAACCCUUUCAGUGUGAGAACACACCCAAAGAUACUAAAAAUGCAAAGAGCGCUAGCUACUCUUACUAAGGUGUUUAAAGUUUGUGUGAAUGAUAGAGAGUUGGAUAUGUCAAAAUCCAAAAAAAUUGGUGUGCACUUUUUCUCAGCUCUAAUUUAUAAGUUUUAUUUAAAACUUGAUCAAACACAUUUAUCCGGCAACAUAGAAAAGGCUAUUGAGUCGAUAAAAGAUCAAUUGCCUUCUAUUCAUUCCAUUCCCAAAUCACACGCUAUAAAUUAUCUUUAUUAUUCAGGCUGGUUAAAAUUAAAUGAUGGAAAAUUUGAUUCUGCUAAUGAAAAAUUGACACUUGCAUUAAGAUUGACAAGGAAAAAUGAUUAUCACCAAAUCAAAUCUAUUUUGUUUUUAUUAAUUCCAAUAAAGUUUUACACAAAUAAAUUAAUGCCUAGUAAGAAGGUAUUUCAACUUUUUCAAGUUCAAAACGAAGAUGAUAAACAAGACUAUGAAAGUGCAGAAAAAUUCAAGAAAGUACUAGAAAUCAGCAAAUGUUACUUUCAAAUAUUCAGAGCUAUUAAAAGCGGGAAUAUUAAAUUGUUUGAUACUUUUAUUUAUAAGAUUACAAAUUUUCUAUUAAAGAAAAAUCUUUAUUUAAUAUUUGAAAAAAUAAGAAAAUUUGUAAUUUUCAAGUUAUUCAAAGUUUCAUAUAGUAUAAUAGUGAAAAAUCCCACAAGUUUUGAAAUUAAAAAUAUUUAUCAAAUACCAAUUGGCUAUUUCACGAAAGCAAUGGAAUUUUCGCAGUAUCAUAAUGAGAAGCAGUUUUAUUUGAAUGAUCGAGAGGCAAAGAGAGAGAAAAAAUUGCAAAAUCAAAAAGAAAAAGAGCCAGAAAUUGAUCCAGAAAUCAGAUUUACAACCGAUGAAUUAAACAACACCGAAUGUCUUUUAGGCAAUGGGAUAGUUGACGGUUAUAUAAAGGGAUAUUUGUCUCAUAGUUUGAGAAUAAUUGUUUUCAGUAAGAAACAAGCUUUUAUUAACACUGUCAAAAGAAAUACAGAAUAG